UCGACCAUUGGAACACGAAAACAGCACACGACGGAAUUAUGCGGUGUUAUUACCUGGUCGUGCUAUGUCUGCUGUUAACGCGAGCGAGUACGGAACCCGAUCCGAAGAAAUACAAGCCAGAGAAAGAUGGAGAAAAACAAGGUUUAACGAGUGACGAGAGAAAAUUCUUAAGAGAAGUCGAAGAAAAAUUUGGUGUCAAGUCCGAUGUUCCAGUGGAGACAGAGAGUGAAAAGGUGGAAGAUCAGAAGACUGAAGUAGAUGAAAGUGAAAACAACAGCACAGAAUCAAACCCCAAACUGUUUCCUGCUGUCAUCGCCAUAGAGAUUUUCAAUGACACAGACACCAAGACUAAAGGUAAAAGAACAAUUGACGCCAAUCUUGGCUACGGUUACCAAACCAAUAAUGGUUAUUCUUACAACUAUUUCGGCAAGUCUGGCCACGAGAAAGGAAAGUUCAUGAUCUAUCCCUACUCCCAACAAGAUAUUCCUGGUCAUCUUAGCGUACAGCCUGGUAAAUAUUCAUCACCAGAAAGUGAAUACUCACCGCAUGCAUCUUCAGUGGAGAUUCAGCCUUCUCAGGCAUUCGAAUUAGUCGAAGUUAACAAGGAGGAAUCGAGAGGUUACAACUACCAGGUACCAUCGAACCCAUUAAAAACUAAAUAUGAGGAAAUCGAAAAACCAGCCCAAACGCUCUACACCACCUACAAUGGCCAGGAAUUUUCGGGUUUGAGUCAACAAUUUCCGUCAGUUAUGCCAGAUUACUUCGUAGACCCAAGGCAGUUGCUCAAAAAUCCACAUUACCAAGGCGCAGGAUUGACACAGGACCAUUUACAUGCUCAACACCCUUACACAAGUGCCAAUCAAAGGAUAGUACCAGUUCUAGUAUUGAGGGUGCCAAGCUCCUAUCUCAAAAACCCUACUGCCGAGUUGUACGCCGAUUUACCUAAGAACUACCCACUCUCCCAACAUCUCAACACUGUCAACCUGCAAGCGCUCGUCAAUCAAUAUUUCAAGAAGAAUGGCUACCCAUUUGCACCUAAAAUUAUGAAUUACCAAAACUCAUUACUAUCCCAAGGAGCUCAAGUCACUGGUCACUAUUCAAAUUCUUAUCCUAGUCCCGCUUUUAGUCAUUCAGAUUACUCUGGUAUUAAUUACUCGGCUGCACAACCGGUAGCAACGAAGUAUUCGAGCUACUCGCAGCAGCAAGCAGUUCCUCAACAGCAUGCGGUAUACGAACAUCCCACAGAACAACAACAGUAUCAGUAUCAAUUUGCCAGCGAACCUCAAAUCGAUUCUAAGGCCCAAGCUUACUACGACCCAUCACAGUAUUCCCAAUUGACGAACGUAGAAUCUAGCGCCUACCAAGGCGAGACUGCUGACCAUCAAGCCAAUUUACAAGAUGCUAGUCAGGCGUAUGCAACCUCUCAACAAUCAGAUCAAGAUUCGAAAGUAAACUAUGAGUCAUACGCUUCACCUCACGCUAGCGCCCAAGCAAACUAUGAAGACGCUACUCCAGGACAACACGAUUCUGCCCACGGACAGGAACAAGCUCAAGAUACACCCUCGUCCGAAUACGGGCCAGUUAAAGUGGAAAUUCCCACAUACUCAUCCCAAUAUUACGAGUCCCAAAAUGAACAAAAGGAGCCAGUGUCCGUUUUACCGUCUCGCCUUAUACACAGCGAAAAUUAUCAAGUCAACCCUUCAUCUGGUGCAGCUGAAUACUCAUAUGAUACUCAGUCGAGGGAUGCAUCCCUCGCCGGUCUCUCAGAGAAUUAUCCGAGCAAGGAUCACACAAUUGCCACAGCGUACCCAUACCAAGGUAAAACAGUGCAAUCUAGUGUGCAGACGGUUAGCUAUGUUACCCCAACGCCUAAUGCCAAAUACCAGUCGCAAUACAGAGUCAUGGUUCCCCAGACGGUGCUCAGUAAUCCAAGUGGUUCCGCACAUUUGUCAGCAUUGCAUUAUUUGCAACAAGCAAGCCAGCUUGCUGCAGCACAAAGCGCGCAGAGUCACGCUUCAAGUCAAUCACGUCCCCACACUCAUUACACGUACUCAAAGAGGAUGACCAAGCCCAGCAGAAAGGGAUCUCGUAAGCCAUCAAGAAAGCAUUCUCAAACGAAGACCACAACCUCUGCGUAAGAAAAUUUGAUACAAAGAGGCCAUUCAAAUUUA